UAGUUCUGUAUGGAUUAUUGCAUAUAUUGCAGAGCCCUAAAUGUUAAGCAGAAGAGAGGGUGGCAAGAAGACGGGGUGGAGCUGCUAUUGCAGUGACCAGCACCAGCCAUGGGAAGGGCUGCCCAGAAAACCCUCAUCUCUUUACUCUGGCUAGCAGCAACAAUUUGUAAGGCUGAGGACACCUGCCCAGAGGUGAGGAUAGUGGGACUCAGCGGUUCUGAUAAACUCACCGUUCUCCAAGGCUGUCCUGGGUUUCCUGGUGCCACAGGAGCCAAAGGAGAACCAGGAGCUGCAGGAAUGAAAGGAGAACGGGGACCUCCGGGAAUCCCUGGCAAGGUGGGACCAACUGGCCCAAAAGGAGAAAGAGGUCCUGCUGGCCCCACUGGAGUGAAAGGAGAUAAAGGAGCAUUGGGAACUCUUGGAACAGUUGUUGGAGAGGAAGAGCUGGACGAUAUACAGUGUCAGAAAGGAGCAAAGAACUGCAAGGAGCUGUUAGCUAGAGGGAACAUCCUGAGCGGCUGGUACACCAUCUACCCCCAUGACUGUAACGCCCUGACUGUGCUGUGUGACAUGGACACAGAUGGUGGAGGAUGGAUUGUGUUCCAGAGACGGGUGGAUGGCUCCGUGGAUUUUUUCCGUGACUGGAAUUCGUACAAGAGAGGUUUCGGCAGCCAGCUGUCAGAAUUCUGGCUGGGGAAUGACAAUAUCCACCUGCUAACAUCCCUUGGAACCAACGAGCUUCGUGUUGAUCUCCGAGAUUUUGACAACAAGUAUCAAUUUGCUACCUUUGGAUCAUUCAAAAUUGGAGGGGAGACUGAGAAAUACAAGCUGAUCCUUGGAGCCUUUGUUAAUGGCACUGCAGGGGAUUCAUUAAUCAUCCACAACAACAUGCCGUUUACAACCCGAGACUUUGACAAUGACCUGUAUUCAGGUAACUGUGCAACAUCCUUUAAAGGAGCCUGGUGGUACAAGGAUUGUCACUGGUCCAACCUGAACGGAUUAUACUUGAGAGGAGCCCAUGAAAGCUAUGCUGAUGGGGUGAACUGGAAGACAGGCAAAGGGCAAAAGUACUCCUACAAGGUGUCAGAGAUGAAAUUUAGGCCCAUGUAGCCAAUCAGAGAAGCAGUUAUAGUAAUUCCACUUAGCUCUUAUACAGCAAUUAUAGGCCUGUCAUAGUGAUCAUUUAGCUGGAGAUGUGCUGAGAUGAAUUCUUUUUAUAGCACAAUGUUUUCUUUGUCUUUCAUGUUCUGUUUUUCUGCUCACCCAAUGAGAAGCGCAGCCAUUUAUGUAACAGAAAGUAGAAAUAUGGGCUCAUUAGUCAGUCAUGGAAUGGGUAAAUCUCUGCAAAGCUACUAAAGAAAUGGUUAAAUACACAUGGACCCAAAGUCAUAAGUAAAGCUAGAGCCCAUCACCUUCAGCGCAAUAACUGCAAGCCCCUAAUACCUGAGCUAAGUAAGUCUCUUUAGCUGUGUGUAAUGGGCCAUUGUCUUUGUAUACCAGCCACUAAGGGAAGACAUCAAAUUACACACUCAGCCCCUGCAGUGCACCAGGACUAGAGCUGGUAACAAUAAGGCAAAAAUAGUUUUGUGGGGAAAAAAUGAAAUUUCUAAGUUGUUUUCAUUUCAAAGGGUUGAAAAUGAACCUUUUUUGGUUUUGUUUUUAAUUUUUUGUAUUUUUCCCCAAUUCCUUCCCCCUGAUACGUAUUAACAAAAAUGUCAUUGAAUGUUCUCAUUUACCAAAGUCCUGGCAUUCUAUAUACAAAAAACAUUUGUCGUCAUCAUGAGAACAUUUUUGAUAAAAAAAGAAAUGCUGAAAAAUUUCAAUUAAAAAUAUUGUGAAUUUUUCCAGUCAAACAAAACAUUACAAUGAUGUCAAUGAUAUUUUAUUAAAAUUUUCAUUAAAAAAAAAGCUGUUUGUCCAUAGAAAACUCAUAGUGUCUGGUGACACUGUGACAAAAAACCCAGAGCACCAUGUCUCAGCGCCUGGGUCAGCUGACUCAGGCUCACAGGGCUAUAAAAUUGCAGUGUCGACAUUCAGGCUUGGGCUGGAGCCUGGGCUCUGAGACUCUCCCCUGUAUGUGGUGUCACAGCCUGGGAUCCAGCCUGCGUCCAAACAUCUCUGCUGCAAUGUUAUAGCUUCGCAGCUGGAGCCCCGAGAGCCUGGGUUGGCUGACCCAGGCUAGCUGCGGUCAUGCCACAAGUCUUUUAUUGCAGUGUAAACAUGCCGUUAGCUCCAUGCUCUGUCUUCUGCUGCUUCCAUUACCAGAGGCCUCACCACAGCUCCUACCACGGUCAAGCAAUUUUUCCUCUGCUGCUAGUGAAUCAUUUCCCUUGGAAGCUGCAUCUGCCAGUGGCGAACCUUCCCCUCUGUUAGUAAAGCAAACACUGGCUCAAUGAUGUGCAUUUCGCAGACCUUUUUUUUUUUUUUAAA